AAAGAUACAAUAAGCAAUAAUUAUAAAAAUUAAUUUUUAUUAGAAAUUUAGCUGAAAUUGAAGUUUUCAUAAAAUGAAUUUUGUUCCUUUUAAGUAUAAAGAAGAAGAAAGGCCAAAGGGAUUUUAGGAUAUGGUUAAAGGACCUUCGUAUUAUUUAUAUGAUUAGCAUUAAAAUGGAUUCGAAUCCAUCAAACAAAAUGACAUUAAAAGAAGAAAUGAAGCAAUUCAAAGAGAUGAAAGAACUUUUGUUGAUAUGUUGAUGGAUCGUAAAGGUAUUGAUGAUUUGUUGAUUAAAAGAUACAUGAAUGAUCCGAAAAAAAAUAAGAUUUUUUCUACAAAAGACAAUGAACCAAUAGGAUAAAUGAAGAUUAUUAAAGUUAAUUAAAAUUCAUUAAAUAAUAGCUAGGUGAAAGAAGGUAUUUCUCUGAUAGAUACAAGAAAAAUUAACCAAAGUUCAAUUAAAAGAGUUAAUACUAGCUAAGUAGAAAAUUAGUCAUUUAAUUAUCCAACAGAAAAAUAUCAAAAUCAGCAGAUUUUAUUAAAUUAGUACAGUCCUAUUUAAAAUAACUCGAAUAUAAAAAUAGAGGAAUAUCCAUUAAAUAAUCGUUAAAGCUUGUACCAAACUGUACCUCUUUAAUAGCAGGUGUAUCAAAUAAAUAAUUAAUACAAUUAACCUAUAUUUCAAUCAGAAAAAAAAUCUCAAGAUCCUAUAUUUUUAUAAUCACCACAAAAAUAUAACUAGGUGAUUUACAGCUCUCCUUAAAAAUACUAAUAAUUUCCAACAAACAUGAUUUCUUCAUCUCAAUCUUUAGAUUAAUAAAUAAAUUACUUUUAAAAUAACGUGAAUCAAAGAUCAACUUAAACUAUAAAAACUGAAACAAACCUUAGCCCUAAACUAUUAUUUGAUGGACCUAAUCCUCAUGAAAAUAUUAAAAGAAAAUAAAAUCAUAAUUAUCAAGGUCAAAAAAGUUCUACUUAAAGUUUUAAAAAUCUUUAUGAUUCAGGAUUAAAAAAACCAGUUUUUGAUGUUUCAACUCCUUUUGUUGGUAAAUAAAGCAGCUAUUAAAAUUCUAGAAAAUCAUCAUUUAAAGGAUAGGAAUCCCCUUAAAUGUAUUUAAGAGAUGAAAUUAGCCCAAUAUAUUAAAAUUAUUAAGAAAAUGGCUAAUUUAUUUAAGAAGAAGAUAAUGUUUAGUUUAGACUAGCAAAUAAUAAUACUAAAAACAAUGUUUUUAAUGAUGAAUUCGACGAAUUCAAAGACUUUGUAAUUGAAGAUGAAGUUUCAAAAAGAAAUUCUUAAUUAUAUGAAAGCUUUGAUUAACAAAAUAGCCAAGAAAAAUCGUUUAAAAAUGAGUCAAUUAAAAAAGUGCAACAGACCCAAAGUAACUAAAGCAUAAAAAAGAUGGCAUUAGCUCUAAUUGCUUUUCUUCUCCUUUUAAUAAUAUUUAUAUUUAUUAAAUGAAUAUAAUUAUUUUCUUUAUAUUACUGCUAUUAAAUCUUCAUUUAAAAAAAACAUUUU